AUGACUGACUCCGUGAAUAUGUCACUUGAUGAGAUCAUCAAACAGAAUCAACAAAAUAGAACAAGUCGCGUUCGUGGUAGAGGUGGCGGUAACAUUCGUGGACGCGGGGGCGGUCGUGGAGGCCGAAGAGGUCGUGGAGUACGUGGCCGAGGAGCUGUUCGAGGCCGUUCUCAAUCAAGGUCGGAUAGUAACAACAGACAGGGUCGAUCACGUUCACGUUCCCGCGGUCCUAGAGGAAGAUCUCAGUCACGUGGCCGAUCUCAGUCCAGAAAUAGGUCACGUUCACAACAGAGACGAUUUUCUUAUCCAAGAACGAGAUCUAGGUCUAGGUCUCAAUUAAGAAGUUUGACUCCUAAAGGGAGAGCAGGUCUCGAAAAUAAUGUGGCAGAUAUGCCACCUCUAGUUAGAUCAAAUAGAGGAAACAGAGGUGGUGUACAAACAAGACUACGAAGAACCAAUUCUAAUCAGCAAUUAAGGGGUGGUAUACAUAGUAGACUUGGAAUAAAUACAAGCAGAGGAGGAGCAAAUAGUAACUUUAAACCAUUAGCUGUAGCUAAAAGGGGUAUAUCAAAAAGAGGAAGAGGUCUUACUACCAGAAACAGAUACAGUACAGUAGGUUUGAGAUCGGAUCAGAUUUUAAAGGAGCAAAGACAAAAUUUGCAGAACAAUAUUAUAAAGUCUCAGACUUUUACCCGCUCCAGAAAUAAUUCACUAAAUUCAGCUUCACAAUUAACUGUCAGUGUUGCUAAUGACUUUGCAAAGAGACGCAGAAAUAGUGUUGGUAAUGCAGGUUAUUUAAAUAAACAAACAUUAGCCAAAUUGAACAGAGACUUUGGUGGAUAUAACAUAAGGAAAGGACCUGGGAGUGUUAAGUCUGCUGGGUCAAAUAGAUCUAACAGGUCCAAUAAAUCUAAUAGAUCUACUCAGUCUAAUUCGAGCAGGAGGGAAAAAAUUAUGGAGCAAAUCAAGAAGCACCAUCUGGUGUUAAUUUUACUCCCACACCAGCUGCUACUAAACAAACCUUACAUCAGCGUUUUGCUACUUCAUAAGAAAUUAUUCCUGAAUGUGCAAUCUCGUUACAAGAAGAUUGGUAAUUUAGAAUGUUUUAUUGGAAUCAUAACUACUGGUUUAAUAAAUAUGCGACAUGUUUGG